CUCUCCAGAGGGUGUUAGUCUUCAUCUGAUCGCUCCAACAUGAGCCACUCUUAUGCCUCCUCAUCCUCCUCUUCCUCAUACCGUCGAAUGUUCGGUGGUCCUGGCUACAUGACGCCACCAAUGUCCCGUGGUGUGUUCGGCCGAGCCUCCACUGGUGGGUCGGGCAGCUCUCGGGUCAGUUCUAGAGUCUACGAAGUCUCCAAGUCGUCCACUUCUUCUCCUGGAUUCUCCGGUUAUCGAGCGUCCUCCUACAGCAUGCCCAACUUGUCUGCAGGCUAUACUCGCUCUUAUGGUGGGAUGGGUGAGACGCUAGACUUCAGUCUGGCUGAUGCCCUCAACCAGGAGUUUCUCCACACACGCACUAAUGAGAAAGCUGAGCUUCAGCAUCUCAAUGACCGCUUCGCCAACUACAUCGAGAAGGUGCGCAUGCUGGAGCAGCAAAAUCAGGUGCUGGGGGUGGAGGUGGAGCGGCUGAGGGGACGGGAGCCCACACGCAUCGCUGACCUGUAUGAGGACGAGAUGAGGGAGCUCAGGAGGGAGGUCGAAGUGGUGACCAAUCACAGAUCACGCGUGGAGGUAGAGAGGGACAACCUGGCAGAUGACCUGCAGAAACUGAAACUCAGGCUUCAGGAGGAGAUCGCGCUGAGAGAGGAGGCUGAGAAUAAUCUGUCUGCUUUCAGAGCUGACGUGGAUGCUGCCACUUUGGCCCGUCUGGAUCUGGAAAGACGUAUAGAGACUCUUCAGGAAGAGAUCGCCUUCCUCAAGAAGAUUCAUGAGGAGGAAAUCCGUGAGCUGCAGGCGCAGAUGCAAGAGACCCAAGUCCAAAUCCAGAUGGACAUGUCCAAACCAGACCUGACCGCUGCCCUGAGGGACAUCCGUGCCCAGUAUGAGGGCAUCGCUGCCAAGAACAUUGCAGAGGCUGAAGACUGGUACAAGUCAAAGGUGUCGGAUCUUAACCAGGCUGUGAGCAAGAAUAACGAGGCCCUGAAACAAUCCAAGCUGGAGACGAUGGAGUACAGACACCAGAUCCAGUCUUACACCUGCGAGAUCGACUCCCUCAAGGGCUCUAACGAGUCUCUGAUGAGGCAGAUGAGGGAUAUGGAGGACCGGCACGGCCGUGAAGCAGGCGCUCUUCAGGACACCAUCGCCAGGCUGGAGGCGGAGAUCGCCAACAUGAAGGACGAGAUGGCGCGGCACCUGCGAGAAUACCAGGACCUGCUGAAUGUGAAGAUGGCCCUGGAUGUGGAGAUCGCCACUUAUAGGAAGCUGCUGGAAGGAGAGGAGAGCAGGAUUGUGAUGCCCAUGCAGUCGUAUUCCACUAUAAGCUUUAGAGAGACGAGCCCAGAGCAUCAACAAAGAGCGUCUGAAAUGCACUCAAAGAAAACGGUCCUGAUCAAGACCAUCGAGACACGUGAUGGAGAGGUGGUGAGUGAAUCUACACAGCACCAGCAGGACCUCAUGUAAACCUCGGACCAGCAGCUGCAACCAAACACAAAUCACAGAAAGAUCCAAAUAAAAGCUAUAGGAUAAUUUCCGGUAGUUCUCUUUACAUCCUACACACAUCCAAAAAGUGAUACGAGCACAUCUGCAUGAGUGGGUCCAGUAGAGAUUCCUUUCUUUUCACUUUGUUUUUAGUUCAUCUAGUUACAGUACAUACGUGUCAAGUUUGGAAUGAAGGUGUAUUUGAAGCAAGUUUUAGAUGAAGCAGAAAACGUAAUAUUAACGAAAAAAAGUGCAGUAAAUGAAGAGAACAGAGGCAGAAGACACAAAGAAAAUUGUAACAAUGGUGCCAAAUAUAAGCUCAAAUAAAAUGACUUUAACCAACAUUA